AUGUCGGCCAAAGCUGCUUUGAAAGCAGCCAAGACUGCACUGGACAACGCAGAAUAUGACAACGCCAUCGAGAAAGCGCAAUCAGUGCUAUCUUCUGACCCCCAGAACCAUUUUGCAAAACUCUUUCUUGGCAGAGCCUUGGAAAAGCAAGGCAAAUACGACGAGGCGGCAAAGUCAUAUCAGUCGGCGGCGAACUCAAAACAGGACGAUGCGCAGGCAUGGCUUGGACUUUGCAGUGUUUACGAAGCCCAGGGCGGCAAGAAGCUUGAUGAAUAUCGCGGUGCUUCGUUGAAGGUCGCUGAGAUCUUUACCGCCACCGACGAUAAGCAUAGGUGCCAGUCGACCAUCGACAAGCUUGUUUCAUUCACAAAGCAACAUGGAAGUCAAACGCAGAACAAGAAGGUUCUGGAGCUUCUGCUACCUGGAAGUCCGAUCUACGAUGUUCUGGAGGGACGGAUACCUCACCCUUCGCAUACUUAUAUGCGACUGGCGGAAAUGACCGAAACAGAAGAGUCACAGCGUAUCUCAAGGGAGAUCAACGAGCGUCGGACGAGAAUAGGUGCUCGAGUGGGGCAGGUCACCAUGGAUGUCAAACGGGAGGUCUUCGGGAGUAGCAAUCUUGAGGAACUUUACCAGCAGGUCAUCAACUGGUCCAGUGACGAUGAGCUUCGAAGACAAUACGAAGAAAAACUGCUCACUCGAGCUUACGAUGCAUUGAUCGUUCUGCCCAUGGAACAGAAAGGCCCGAAACUUGAUCAAGUCCUAACCCUCGCCGAAGGUAUGGUCAUAAUUCAUCAUCCAUUCCAAAAAGCUUGGGACCUGGUCUUGGAGACAAGAGAUAUGGACGAUCUGCGCGAACUGGAUGUCGGCAUUCUGAGAGAAUUUGUUGCCUCUUUUCCAGACAGUGGGCUUGGACGAGUCUUGAAAGGAUGGCUUAGUAGCGGUCUCUCCCCGUUCCCGCCACCGGAGAAGUCAGAGGAAGAUGACGAAGAGGCACCCGAACAGCUGUCUCCCGAGGACCGACUACUUCUUCUCACAGAAGGUAUUCAGGACGCGGAAGAAUCACCAUUUGCCCAUCGAUUGGUAGGCGAUUUCUAUCUGCAUUUGGAGGAGCAUCAAAGUGCUGUGGAUAAUGCUCGAGCUGGCUUGAAAGCAGUGCAGACGCAAUCUAGCCGUCUAGGCAUGAGCUUCCAAAACACAAAGGAUGCUUUAAACUCUGUUUUAGGAACAGCUCUGGUCCAUCAUCAGGCCCCGAGGAACCACCCGGAGGCGAAAAGACUGUUCGAAGACAUCCUGCAACGUAAACCAAAGUUCACUCCAGGUUUGAUAGGUCUGGGCCUGAUCUUCGAAGAGACUGAAGACUAUCAAGACGCAGUCGACUUCUUCGAGAGAGCACUACAAGAAGACAAGGGCAAUGUGCGAGUAGGAACGGAGCUUGCUUGGUGUAGAGCACAAAGUGGCGACUAUUCCCUCGCCAUUAAGGAGUUGGAAAACUUCUUGGAAGUCAUCAGGGCCGACGACCCACGAGAUAGAGAUCUACGGGCUCAGACACUGUAUCGCAUCGGAGUGUGCCUGUGGGAAACUGACACAUCCAAAGCUGCUCGUCGAGACCGCAAUGGUGCUUACAGUCGCUUCCUUGCGGCAAUUAAGACCAACAUCAACUUUGCGCCCGCAUACACAAGCCUAGGCUACUACUAUGCUGAUUAUGCGAAAGACAAGAAGAGAGCUCGGCAGUGUUUCCAGAAGGCAUUCGAGCUGUCGUCUGCAGAGGUCGAAGCAGCCGAGCGACUCGCACGAUUCUUUGCUGAUCAGGGUGACUGGGAUAUUGUCGAGGUCAUCGCUCAGCGGGUCGUCGACUCCGGUAGGGCUAGACCACCUCCCGGAUCGAAGAAGAAGGGCAUCAGCUGGCCUUUCUCCGCGCUUGGUGUCGUUCAGAUGAACAAGCAGGAAUACCAGCGCGCGAUUACCUCGUUCCUAGCUGCUCUGCGUAUCACGCCCGAAGACUACCAAUCAUACGUUGGCUUAGGUGAGAGCUACCACAACUCUGGAAGAUACAAUUCGGCUUUGCGAACAUUCAAUUACGCCAUUGAACCGCACGACGGCGUGUCGAUGAAGGUAGCAGGCGAGACUUGGUUUGCCAAGUACAUGCUUGCAAAUGUCCACCGAGAGCUUGGUGACUUCGACGAAGCUACCAAUGGCCUGAAGAAGGUGCUCGAGGAGCGACCGACAGAAUUCGGUGUGCUGAUGUCACUGCUUCAGACGUACGUUGAGCACGCUGGACGAUGUCUCGAAACUGGUCUAUACGGCCAAGCUGUAGAGAACGCCAGCCAUGCCAUUGCAACAGCCACGAAGAUCGCUACAGAUGUGCCCACCGCCUUCAAUCUUUGGAAAGCCGUUGGUGAUGCAUGUUCCGUUUACUCUUGGGUGCAGAGUGCCGUGCCAGACUUCCCUGCCACAGAACUGAAACACCUUCUUGACGUUUCGUCGGACGCAAGGAUGUACAGUGCUCUUACUGAUGUCGACCAGGUCUCGCUUGCCACAAUCAAAGAUGACCAGGAUAUACUUUUGCUCAAGCCUAUUGCGUCUGCUGUGCUAGCAUACAAGCGAGCCAUACAUUCAGCAUCUCACGAAAUCCACGCUCAGGCUGUGGCGUGGUACAAUCUGGGCUGGGCUGAACAGCGAGCAUAUUCAUGCAGCGAGGCCAAGCAGGGAAAGAAAUAUCUAACAUCUGCAGUACGAUGCUUCAAGCGUGCCAUCGAGCUCGAGGCCGGCAAUUACGAGUUCUGGAACGCACUCGGCGUUGUCACAACUCAUCUCAACCCCAAGGUCGCCCAGCACGCUUUCGUCCGGUCGCUACAUAUCAACGAGCUGAAUGCCAAAGUGUGGGCCAAUUUGGGCGUACUGUACCUCCUCCAGAACGAUAACGAACUCGCACAUCAAGCCUUUGGUCGAGCGCAGAGUAUGGAUCCAGACUAUGCUCACGCAUGGCUCGGGGAAGGCCUCAUUGCCUUGCUUAUCGGCGAUACCAAAGAAGCUCUCAAUCACUUCACCCAUGCAUUCGAGAUAUCUGAUUCGGCAUCACUCAUCACCAAACGCCAAUAUGCCGUCUCCAGCUUCGACCACCUCCUAUCCUCCACCUCAGCAUCAAACGACCUCACCAAGCUCAUCCAGCCCAUCUUCGCACUCGAACAGCUCCGAACUCAGGCCCCAGCAGAUCUACCCUACCGCCACCUCUCCGCCCUAUUCCUAGAACGAGUCGGCAACCACAACGACGCGAUUUCGGUUCUCGAAGAACUCUGCGCCUCCGCAGAAGCGGACUACGAAGCCACCGAAUCCCUUUCCUCACUCGCACGCUUCGCCCUUGCGAAAUCCGACCUCGCACGCAACCAACUCGCCGCAUCCUCCUUCCCCUCCGCAGCAGAGAACGCAGAAACCGCCCUCGACCUCUCCUCCGACGCCGAUAACAGCGGAUUAGACGUCGAAGCUCGACGCAAACUCCGUCUCUCUGCACACCUAACCGCCGGCCUGGCACAGUACUAUCUGAGACAAAUCCCCGAGAGCGUGAGCAUGUUCAAAGCCGCUCUGCAAGAGAGCUCCAACGACCCCGACGUCGUCUGCUCCCUCGUGCAAGUCCUCUGGGCCCAAGGCGGGAGCGAAGAGAAGAGCGUAGCUCGCGAACAACUCUUCGACGCCGUCGAAAAGCAUCCCGAGCAUGUAGGCGCCGUGACGCUCCUCGGCGCCAUCGCAGCUCUAGACAACGAUACGGAUACUUCCUCCGCGGUCCGGGAUGAUCUCCUCACCCUCCGCACUCAAGACGGCAUCUCGCUUCAAUCCCUCAACGGCAUCGAGUCCCUUCUCAACGCACUCGCGGCGCUCGAAAGCCCCGACGUAGCGCUGACGGAAGCUCAAUCCGCCAUCUUGCUCAAGCCAGAUCAUCCACAGGCUUGGUCUGAGUUGGCGGAGUUGUCAGGGGAGGUUUAUGCGGCGGAGAUGGCGCUCAAGACGGCGAAGGGGACUGUUCUGCCACUGGGCGACAUGGAAGCGGGAGAGUUGGCGAGGGCGUUUGCGGGCGUGGGGACUGUGGGGGAUGCGCAGAGAGCGGUGUUCCUUGCGCCGUGGGAGGUUAGUGGGUGGAGGGCUUUGGGGGAGGCUGUUGAGGGGAAUUGA